UUGGUGGAAAGGGAUAAGUCCAGGAAGAGUUCAAGAUACAGAGGAUGCGAUAGUACCCAGUAGAGAUUGACUUUGGUGAGAAAGAUUAUAUCCAGGAGCACGAUGAAAUUCCUGAUGAAAAUCUGAUUCCUGACCAAAAUGUGAUAUGGACAUACGAGGUUGGAGACAAAGCUUCAGGGAAACCAACAGUGCUUCUUGUACAUGGCUUCGGAGCUUGCUCGAUGUUUUACUUCAAAAUGUGGAAAGCUCUCAGUGAGGAGUUCCAUGUUGUGUGCAUUGAUCUUUUAGGAUUUGGAAGGUCCUCCAGACCUAAGUUCACGUGUAAAACCUCUGAAGAAGCUGAAGACUUCUUUGUUUUGUCCAUUGAGAAAUGGAGAGAACAAAUGCAGCUUGAUUCAUUCAGCAUUUGUUGUCACAGCUUCGGAGGAUACGUAAUGGGGAGAUAUGCUCUGAGGUUUAGCGAACAUAUCAAAAAACUGAUAUUCUUAUCGUCAUUAGGAGUUGAUUACGUGCCUGAAGAUAUUGAUAAAGGUUUAGAUGAGUUCCAUAAAACCCUAUGUUUCCAGCAAAGAACAGUAUUCAGAUUGCAAAGAUUUUUACCAAAAUUCUUACAAACAAUUGCUCCGUAUUCACCUUUGAGAGUUCUUGGAAGAAUUUCUGGUGUAUUUUUAAAGAAAGGGAUGGAGAAAAGAAUGGGGAAACUGCCGAAGGAAGAAUUUGAAGCCAUCUAUCAUCACCUUUAUCAGGUGACUCUAAAGCCUGCCAGUGCUGAAAGCGCCAUCCACGUGUUGUUCACCAGGAACUUCAUUCCCCAACACCCUCUCAUUGAAGCUAUCGACGCCCCUGAUGGCUUCAAAGCCAGAGGCAUCGACACAUGUUUCAUCUACGGAGACUCCGACUGGCUGGAUAUGAACAUGAACGGGCCCAAGGUCAGUGCAGUCUUGGCCGAAGAAGGCCACAACGUGCAUGUGCUCGAAGACUCAAACCACCACUUGUUCUUUGACAAUGUGGAGGGGCUGCUCGAUAUCAUCGAGGCGCAGUUCAAAGAAGAGUAACCUCAGUUUACCCAAUUCAGUCAAGAAGGGUUUAGCAAUAUUUUGGUCCGAUAUUUACUUUGGCACAUCCAAGAUGAAAAUCCAAUUAG